AGUGCUGGAUUCAGGCAUCUCUGAGGACAGCCCUGUCUGUGCUAUAUUGCGUGGUCCUCAGUAACUGGGCCGCUUCGGCUGCAGAGAGGAAAGAGCAGCAAUGGCGGAUUACGAGACCUAUGACGAUCAGGCCUACAGCAGCUUUGGUGGCAGCCGUGGACCAAGACGUGGCGAAUCUGGUCCAGGAUCUCGUAAACAGAAAGAGCUACCUACAGAACCUCCAUUCACAGCAUAUGUUGGAAAUCUUCCGUUCAAUACUGUACAAGGAGACAUAGAUAACAUAUUUAAAGACCUAAGUGUACGGAGUGUGCGGCUAGUUCGAGACAAGGAGACAGACAAGUUCAAAGGGUUUUGUUAUGUAGAAUUUGAUGAUCUGGAGUCUCUUAAAGAAGCCUUGACAUUCGAUGGUGCAAUUUUUAUUGACCGGGCAAUUCGGGUAGACAUAGCAGAGGGCAGAAAACAAGAUAAAGGUGGCUUUGGAUUCCGGAAAGGAGGGCCUGAUGACAGAGGUAAUAGGGAUGAUGACUUCUUAGGCGGUAGAAGCAGAGGAGGUCGAAGUGGCCCAGGGGAUCGAAGAGGACCACCACCUUCAGGAGGACCUGGUCGUUACAGGGAUGCACCACGUGGCGGCUCUGUGGACUUCAGAGAGCCAUCAGAUGAAGAACGAGCGCAGAGACCAAGACUUCAACUUAAACCCAGGACAGUUGCUACACCUCUCAAUCAAGUAGCCAAUCCAAACUCUGCAAUCUUUGGUGGAGCCAAGCCUAGAGAGGGAAGUGAGAAAACAGAGAAGGAAUGAGCCAAUAAACGGGAGGGACAGAGGGAAGAAUAAGCUAGUCCAAACUAGUCACUCUGGAUUACCAUCCUUGCAAUUGCCAUUCUUGCCUCCUGACAUUAACUCCUCUAUCCUUCCUAUUCAAAACUGAAAACAAUGAGCUUGUAAAUGCAUGUCAGCUGUUAACAAGUGUUUUUUUUUUUUUUUAGUAAGUUCUCUGCUUUUCUGUAACUAGUACCUGCAUUGUGCUGUUUCCAAUACCUUUUGCAAUUUGAAGGAUGUUUUUCCUGCUGGGAAAGCUUCUCUCAACAAAAUGAAAUUCAUUUUGUAUUUAGGAGCUGAAUAGCUAAAUUAGUGGAAGAAAAAUUAUGUCCCCACACACCCUUUUUUCUUUAUAAAAUUCAGCAGAAGCGAUGUUAGCAUUAAGUUAACCCUUUUUGCUUAUGAAGUUCUUAAUUAUGCUUUUCAGUUCUAUUCUGCAUCUUUUGUUCUAUGUUGCCAAGACUCUGUAAGAAGGUAAAUGUGACACGUGUCAUGGACUCUAACAAAGGGGGCACUUGGUAAUGUAAACGUGAAUUAUUAUUUUUUUUUUUACAUUAUACUUCUCUUAAAGGACAACUAAACCCUAAAUUAAUGUGGCUAAAAAUGCCAUAUUUUAUAUAGUGAACUUAUUGCACCAGCCUAAAGUUUCAGCUCGUCCGUAGCAGCAAUGAUCCAAAACUUCAAACUUGUCACAGGGGGUCACCAUCUUGGAAAGUGUCUGCAGCACUCGCAUGCUCCGUGUGCUCUGAGCAGCUGUUGAGAAGCUAAGCUUAGGGGCCAUCACUAAUUAUCAAGCAGAAAAUGAGGUUGGUCUGUAACAGAAGCUGAGGUUAUAGGGCUGAUUAUUAAAUUCUGAUACUAAUUACACUGGUUUCUGUGCUGCCAUGUAGUAAUUAUCUGUAUUAAUUACUAAUCAGCCUUAUUUUGUGACAUUUAUAUUCUAUGUGUACGGUAUAUUGUGAGUGGGUCCCGUAAGUUCAGUAACUGACGGCAAUACAUAGCAUGUGCAGUGCAUCAGCAGAAAAGAAGAUGGGGAGCUACUGGGCCAUCUUUGAACACACGUAUAUUUACUGCUAAAGGGUUGUGGUUUCCUUGGGCUGGUUCAGAAGCUCAAAAAAAUGUACAACAAUUUUUUUAGCUACUUAAGUUCUCCUUUAAGUACAUACCCCUAACUGCACAGAAUGUUCACUUGUUGGCAUGGUGGAAAAGUUGUCUUUAAAACACUUCAUUAUCUUAACUGAUGUAGCUUUGUCCUCCACACACAACUGCUUCACAUAUUAUAGGCACCUUCUCUGUAUUCGUACCUAAAUGAGGUAGCCGAAGAGAAUUUAGAGCUGCUGAAAAUCAAACUGUUCAGUGAAGCGAAUCCUGCUUUUUAGUUAACAUGAAGUUUUAAACAUGGGAGAAUGAAGACUUGUGCCCCCCCCCUUCCAGUACCUCAAAGAAAAGACCAUUCAGCCUUUAAACAAUAUACUGCUUAUUAUGCAGUUUUAGUUUUACACCUGAAAAAUGCAUGCUGUACAUUUACAGCUCUUUGUUUAAAGUGUGGAUCUCAUUGAGGUAGUCUAGUACCAUAGCUCUUUGUAGCUAACUCGUUGCGAGCAUUCCUUUUGCUCGUGGCUGGGAUGCUCACUUGCCUGGAUAUGCUGGUGCAGAAAAAGAAUUCUGCUUCUACAUUCUGCCAACAUAAGGUGCAUAUACCUUGCAAUCCAUCAUUUUGUUAACCCUUUGCUUUUUAUUUACCCCUCCACCCUCCAGUAAGUAGGUUGUGGUACUAAAAUAUGAAUUGGAUAUUUAUAUGCAAUGCUUUAACUCUUCUGCUGGCAGACUUGUAUCCCUUAGUGAUACAAUAUUUUAAAAUCAUCUUUGUCAGCAGAGGGUGUAAUUACAGUGUUAAAGUCAAUACUUAUGUUUUUACCUGCAGUGUCUCCGCAAAUAAGAGCUUCUUUUCUGCUUCCUUUCCUUGAUACGCUCUGCUUUUAUAAGAAGCAUUUGUCUAACAUGCUACCUAGAAUAAGACAUGCUUUGGAUGGUGAUUACUCUAGAAUCUAUUCACAACUGCUUUUGUGGGGAAGCUUAAUGGCAGACCAAACAAAACCCAAUCUGGUCUAAACAAUUGACUUUUUUUUUUUUUUUAAAUAAGAGAAAAAUUCCAAACACUUGACACAUCCUGCUUCAUGACAGAAAGUACAUCUAUGGAUAUGGUAUUUUGUGAAGAUCUUUUAAAUAAAAGAACAUUAUGGAUAA